UGCGCCCUUUCUUGUGGAGCCACUUCAAACUAAGCGACCAUCAUCAGCAGGCCCCGGAAGAGACAGUUUAUCUAAUGAGAGUUCAUCACUACCUGUUGAGCCACAGCCUAUGGAGCCCUGUGUAAUGGAUGAACAACUACAGAGAAAUCCAGAGACACGUGAAGAAGAAUUAACAGUCCAGCAUCAGGAAGAGGUAGAGGAGGAAACAAGGAGGGGAGAGAAGAGACACACCGAGCCAGAGGAGACGGGUGAGGAAUCCUCUGUGCCUAAGAGGGUCUGCUUUGAGCAGACAGCACAGCCGACCUCUGAAACAUGCGCACUGAGCUCUAAAUCUGCAGACUGUGUCUCCGAGCCAGCUCCCAGAGAGAGGAGGGACAUAGUCUCUGUAGAGACUGUUCCCAUUGCAGGAGAGUGCUUACCAACAGAAGAUGAAACAAACAGGGGUGAAAUCAACAUCAGAGAAACUGACUGUGAGAUGGAGAGCAGCGGGGAUGAGAUGAUUGCUGUGGACGGAGAACCUGAAGACUCGGACACUUCACCUCAGACUCUGUCACAUUGUGUUGAAGCAAAGCUUUCACUUUCACCCACUUCACUUUCAGCAACAGAGUUCAGUCUGACGUCGACAGGAAGCUGGGAGGAUGACGAGGACGUCGAUGUGGUUGGCGGUUCCAGUCCCGCCCCUGAUCCCGUGCUCUUCAGCUGGACAGAGUGCUCAGAGGUUGAGGAAGAGGAAGGAGACGACGAUAUUGACGUUGUGGGAGACAAUCCAAUCUACACUUCAUCAUCGCUACUGUGAGGUGAGCUAGUUAACAAGGAUCGUCACACUCGGGUGCUUCACAAGCAUCUGUCAGGUUUUUUUCGACUUGUCUUCUCCAGUUCAUGUUAUUUGAUUUCAUGGAAAAACAUUACUGAAUUGUUUUCAUUUAGCUUAAAGCUGAAGAUAAAUAACGUCUAAUUAUAAAUGUCUGACAAUCACGUGAGAGAUUUGUGAGCUACUUGUUGGCUAUCUGUUUGGAUUUAAAGACAAAAAAGCAAACAUGUGCAUCAUAACGCAUGAAGGCACUUACAUCAGCAACAAAAAAGAGGACUGAAGUUCAUAUGCACUUAUUCAGUUCCUGAGUUGAGCUAACCAUGACUUUUUUAUUCUUUCGAGGUAUUAAGCAGUUGAUUUUAUGUAAAAAAAAAUAUUGCUGUUAAGUUCAGUAAUUUUAUGUUUACUAAGCAGAGAUAUUCAUCAUAGUUUGUUUUAACUGCAGAAAGUGAGAAAAACAGCGAUAUAGAAACAGUUUAGAAAGAGAUGCAGUGCAAAAACAAUCAAAGUGUGUUUUAGGCGAGUGUUUUAUUACUUAUAAUUAUGACUAUUACUGUUUUAGUUGUAAAAAUGUUGACAAUAUUAGCCUUUGUUAGUUGGAAAUGUUCCAGGAAACUUCUGUAUUCCUUGUUUUACUGUUACGUUGUGUUUGGUAAUGUUCCUUAUGGCUCUUUUGAGCCUGGACUGAUUUCUAGAAUAAAGGUUCCUCUCUA